AUGGAUGCUCUGCGAGCUACUGGUGUGACAACUGGUUGGCUCUUGACAAGCAACGGACCUGAUGUCUUUUCAUGGGGAAUUGAAGGUUCCCGUCGCCACCAAUUCUCGACUAAGUGCACCUGGGAUUUCCUAAGGCCGAGUGCUCCCAUGGUUACCUGGUUCAAAACGGUCUGGUUCAAGCAUGCUACUCCACGUCAUGCCUUCCACUUCUGGACUGCAAACUUGAACAGGCUACCAACCAAGGAUCGGAUGAUACAAUGGGGAGUCAACGUCUCUGAGGUUUGUGUCCUCUGCAACCUUUCUCCGGAAGCACGUCACCACAUCUUCCUCGCCUGCCCUUUCUCGCUCCAGGUCUGGGACAGAGUUCUACAGCGUUUUGAGGCUACUCCCUCAAUAUUAACUACUUGGCUAACUCUUCUCCAGUGGAUGAGGACGCCAACCAGAUCGUUCUCUAGAACCCUGAAAUGUCUGGCUGCCCAGGCAAUAAUCUAUCUCCUUUGGCAUGAGCGCAACAACAGGAUCCACACACAGGUUUCCUUAACGGUGGAGGCUCUUUUCAGGAAAAUCGACCAAACCGUGAGAGACUCUCUUCUUGCCCGCCUCCGGAAACGAGGCUGCGAGAAGCUUCUCUCUCAAUGGUUCACCCACGCCUGA